CGUUGGCCUUUUCCUUGCUAAAUAAUUGGGGAGUCGACAAUUGGAUUUUCUCUCGGCUGUUCACGUGGACAUCCACCAGGCAGGCAAGCUGUUUUUACAAACUUCAGUUGUCUUGAAACUGCUCAACGAGCUUGUACUAUUCAAAACUGGCGUCGCUAGGCUUAUUGCUGCUACUAUGGACGGUAUGCCAAUGCACAAAUGCCCGGUCCAUGGGGCCGGAACCGGGGACUCUCACCAAUGUCAUGUUGCAUGAUAUCUGCACUCAGAAUCCUUAUGGACCGAAGCGUUUCUUCUUUGACCAGGGAGAAAAUGGCACCCUCAUCGCCAAGAAUCUCGACUACGAUCGCAUGGUCGCCAUCACAUCUAAAAGCUAUUACUCGACUUUCUACGACCAACAGCAGCAAGCCAUGUCCGGUGGCAACAGUCGAGUCUGCUCCGUCGAAUUGACAACUUGUCCCGCUUGUUCGAUUCAGGUUCACUUGAAAAUCCUCAAUCUUCCCGCCUGCGAAAUCAGCCCCAACGUCACAAGCGCCAACCGAUGCAGCGGAUGCGAUCAUUUAGUUAUCAAGGAGAACUUUUAUUCGACUCCGCGUCUCAUUUGUGGCAAGUCUGCCAGGACUGUGCACGACCCACGCACGCAGGAAAACUACCGUUCGGUCGGCCGUACAUUGACCAUUAGUUUCUCAUUUAGUCGUAAUUACGAAUACGCUUUCCUACUGGAAUUCGCCUCUGUUGUAAAUACGAGGACGAUUUCAGCGAGAAGUGGCGAAGGCGGAUACAUCAGUAGUCCUCAUUUUCCCGCCGUCUAUCCGCAAGAUUACAGCAAUGAAAUCAAAUUACAGAACCUCGACUUCGUCAACGGCACUACGUCUAACACCGGAUGCAUCAUGCUCAUUUUUGACGACUACGCACUCGGAUUGUCAUCUUUCAUCGAGAUAAGUGACAGCAAUGAAGUCAGGCAGUAUGCCCUUGGAAGUUCGCUAUUCCGCCCACCGGUUGUGUUGAUCCAGAGCUACAGAAUGGCAAUCCGGUUCUUCGCUAAUGGCGGAAGAGCUUCUGGCUACCGAGCCUCUUACAGAUUUAUCAACGAAUCGGCAGAUUUGAUAGAGAUUCCGAUUACGGAUUGUGGCGGAUUAGUGGACGAUUUUGGUGGUGUUAUUACCAUGUAUAACAUGUCUUCUCCAAACGCAGCAAGGCUUUACGAUUGCAUCUGGCUGAUUAAACCGCUGCCCACUUACCAGCAAAAUACGAAAUCCCAUCUGUUUGUUCGAGUGGAGCAACUCAGCUCUCUUGAACGAGGAACAUCACUAGACAUCCGCCAAGGAUUGAUAUCGCUGUCUCCAUUGAUUGAAUCCCUGACAACUACAGUCAGUCCACAAUCCUUAACUUCCGAAUACUUGGUUCCGGCGGACGUUGGCUUUUACAUCCGACUUCGCGGAAGAUUGAACAACGAAUUCAAAAUGGCCAUAGCUUAUGCGGCUUUCAGCUACACUGAAUGCUUCGCCAUCAAAGACUUUGUCUGUCUGAAUCAUCGAUGCAUUUCAAGUGAUUUGCGUUGCGACGGAUUCAAUCACUGCGGCGACGACAGCGACGAGCAAACAUCGUGUAGCGACAAAGCAAUUUCCCCGCAAGACCCUAUUUGGUGGAUGACUCACACUCCAAAGUACUACUUUCCAAAGCUCAACGAUUACGGCGACUUUGGCGCCACUUCAUUCGUCUUGCUGGUUGCUACAUUGGGUGUAGUCCUUUUUAUCGCCAGCAUUUUGGCUUUGCUCUAUCGAAUGUCGUCUCAUUCCCAACUGAUGCGGGAACGCCAAGCCCGACUGGAUUUCAUUCGCUCCCAAAUAAUCAACAAUCCAGAUGAACGUGAGGUCGAAAUAGAAAACCCGCCAAGCUACGAGGCGCCACCUGAUUACGCUGAAAUAGCGAAAAUAGCCCAAAUGGAAAAGGAAAGUGAAAUCAGUUACACGAAUGGGAGAGUUUUGGUGAUUUCGACGCCAACUCCCGGUAACAAGAGACGUAGAGAAUUGAUGAGGCAAUCAAGAAACCAGUUGGGAUCAGGAGAUUUACUGAGUGCUACGCCAACUUCAUCAAGAUCGUCGACACCUGCUCGCUCACGCAACUCUACUCCUCAACGGAAUCGAGUCCGUCGUACUCCCGUCCAAAUUCUCACUCCUGUCCACAUCAACCACCUUCAGGCUAUCGAUUCCUUCAUCCCAAACAGCCCACCUCCUCCUUACGAGAUCAAUCUGGAUAGUCCGUUUCACAUUGUUCGACUAGUGGAAGACGGCCAAGCAAUUCCACCCAAUGAGAGCAGUGACGAUCCAAAUAUUGAGGUGGCAACUGAAACUCCACUUCCUGUCAAAGAGUCGGACUGCGGUUGCCCAGGAGCCUGUGGAUGCGGACCUCCUUCGCUUAAUUAUUCCAUGGACUCGACGGCCCCUCUUCUUCGAUCUCUCUCAUUUACAUCGAUCCAUGGUGCGGAUUUUGAAGUAGAACAGCCACCACCAGCUCCCAUUGAAAACCCAUCAGACAAAAAUGAAAAAGAGCAGCUUCCCUAUCCCGACGGAAGUUUUAAUGAAGCAAUUAACCAUCGCUUAGCCCGUUCUUUCCUCAGUGUCGAUCGCAGCCGUCAUCAAGCUCUUGGCAAGACAAAGAAGAUGCCCUGGAAUAAGUCGUUUUGAUUCCGUUUUGUUAACAUUAUCCGAGUAGUUAAUGUAUUAUGAUGCAUUAUGUAAGUCUAAUACUGUAUAUUAUCCAAGUGCAGAAAAACGUUGAUUCAUUCAAUAAUAAUCACGUAUGUAUAAUUUUUUAAUCGAUUUUAUUGUUGAAAGGUUUCCCUUGUUUUCUUACUAUUUAUGCAGAAUAAUAAUACACCUGCUGAUUUCGAUCGUUUUGUAUUUCCACCCUUGAAGUCCAGACUAUCUGGUACAUCACAAGGUAUUUCGCACUUGUUUUUCUAUGUUUGUAAAAUAUCGCAAUGAACAUCACAUUAUACAGUAAAAUAAGUUUUAGAAUCAAA